AUGAAGGAUGACGAUGGACUUCCAACCUCAACAACAACAAGUAUUAAGAAGGAAAACGUGGAUUCUUCUCUUUUUGGGAAAGGAAGGUACAAAUUCUGGGCAUUAGCUGCUAUUUUGCUUCUCGCUUUUUGGUCUAUGUUCACCGGUACCGUUUCUCUUCGUUGGUCUGGUAAUCUCAAUUCGUUGUCCAGUGAUUUAGAUACUCCGAUUCACGAUGACCUAGAUGUUCUUGAAAUGGAGGAGAGGGAGAAGGUGGUGAGGCAUAUGUGGGAUGUGUAUACCAACAGCCGUAGGAUCAGGUUGCCGAGGUUUUGGCAAGAGGCUUUUGAGGCUGCUUAUGAAGAAUUGACUAGUGAUGUUCCUGGUGUUAGAGAUGAUGCAAUCACUGAGAUCGCUAAGAUGUCUGUGCGUUCGGUUAAUUUUGAUCCGCCUCCUAUUCAAUCCACGAGAACACAGGAAUUUAGCAAAACCCUCAAGAUAGCUGAGAAAGGAAAAGAAGCCAUUGCAUCUCGGCGUGCUUAA